UAUUGUACAAGCACAACACAUAUCGUUUCUAUUUCUUCUACUCUUACACAAGAACACUAGUCAUAUAGAAUCGCCAUCACAAAUAUGCAGAACUUCAGCUUUAUAAACUUUCAAUACGGCCGUUCAAUGAAGUCCCCAUUUGGGAAAAAAUCUUCAAAGUCUAGUAGUUUUUCCGCUACUCAAAGACAACGAAGCGAUACGAAUAAUUCUAUCAAAACUUCCAAGCCAAGCAUGGAGGAACUGAGAUGGGCCUUCGAGAAAUUCGACACCAACAGAGACGGCAAGAUCAGCCGAGAGGAGUACAAGUCGGCGCUGCGAGUUCUCGACAGAGAAAUCACCGACGGCGAGAUAGCCAAGGCGUUUAAUGCCCUUGAUACCGACGGAGACGGGUUUGUUGACUUCAAAGAGUUUGUGGAGAUGUUCGACAUGGGAUCGGGCGGGGUAAAAGCGUCCGAUAUCGAGAGCGCCUUCCGGUUGUUUGACCUCGAUGGCGACGGGAAGAUAAGCGCGGAGGAACUGUCGCAGGUGUUGAAGCAGCUCGGAGAGAGUUGCAGCAUUAGGGCUUGCCGGAACAUGGUCAAGGGAGUGGACAACGAUGGAGAUGGAUUUAUAAAUAUCGAGGAGUUCACCAGAAUGAUGUCUACAACCAAGAAACCAAUUACUAAUUAAUUAGAUAAUGUUGCGUUAAGUGGCUUUACUUAAUUAAUAUUGUGUUAAUAUGAUUAUUCUCCUUGGAGUUGGAGUUGUUUAAUAAGACCCCUAUGUCUUGCCAAGAAAUUGUUCCACAUAAAUAUGCUAUCGAGUCUUGAUGAUGAUGAUUUUGUACCUUUAUUUCAUGGAAAUUAAAUGAAAUAAGUUUAAU